AUGGUCAUGAGCGAGUUUAAUGUGCUUCUCUCUGGGGCCACGAUUUCGCGCCACCUCGUGGGCAUGUUCUUUACGGUCAAACAGGUAAAAUGUCCCACCACGUGCAAUAGUGAGGUGAACCAGGAGAAGAGGAAGGCUUUUGCCGAAGCUCUUGUCCGCCACAACGAUGAUGGCGACCUCGUGGUCUAUUUCGACGAAACAAAUUUCAAUUUGUACACGAAGCGC